UGUGAAAAUGGCGGAUGGGAGCCGAUCGGUUCGCUCGAACUUUAUGUUGUUUAAUAACGAGCGACGCUGAGCAGCAUGCACUUCAGCUUUCACUAACAACACACGGAUUCUGUUCACAUUAAACACGCAGCGCAGAGCUGAGCGCCACUGUUCCACCGAACUGAGGAGAUGGAGGAGACCCGGUACAGCAAGCGCCUGCGAACAGGCACGCGGCGGCGGUACCACGACGACGGCGUCUCGGACGAUGAGAUCGAGGGCAAGAGGACGUUUGACCUGGAGGAGAAACUCCAGAGCGACUACUUCAACUCUGAUCUGGUGAAGAUCAUGGAAGGGAAAGACUUCACAUUCGAGUACAUCCAGCGUGAGGGGCUGCGUGACCCCAUCAUCUUCCCCAAAGCGGACGGUCUCGGCCUUCAGAUGCCUGAUCCAGACUUCAGUGUGAGUGACGUGAAGCUGUUUGUAGGCAGUCGCAGGAUGGUGGACGUGAUGGAGGUGAACACUCAGAAGGGCAUGGAGAUGUCCAUGAGUCAGUGGAGGCGCUACUACGAGACCCCGGCCUCGGAGCGAGAGAAGCUGUACAACGUCAUCAGUCUGGAGUUCAGCCACACCAAGCUGGAGCACCUGGUCAAGAGACCGGCCUCGGUUGACGUGAUCGACUGGGUGGACAACAUGUGGCCUCGUCACUUGAAGGAGAGGCAGACGGACGCCACCAACGCCAUCGUGGACAUGCAGUACCCCAAAGUGCAGAAGUACUGCCUGAUGAGCGUGAAGGGCUGCUUCACCGACUUCCACGUAGACUUCGGUGGCACGUCAGUCUGGUACCACAUCCUGAGAGGAGGCAAGGUCUUCUGGCUGAUUCCACCCACACCGCACAACCUGGAGCUCUAUGAGAACUGGGUGUUAUCGGGAAAACAGGGCGAUAUAUUCCUGGGAGACAAAGCCACUGCCUGCCAGCGCGUCGAGCUAAAGCAGGGUUACACCUUCAUGAUCCCCUCAGGCUGGAUCCAUGCGGUGUACACUCCCGAAGACACGCUGGUGUUCGGUGGGAAUUUCCUGCACAGCUUCAACAUUCCGAUGCAGCUGAACAUCUACAACAUCGAGGACCGCACGCGGGUUCCGUCUAAGUUCCGGUACCCGUUCUAUUACGAGAUGUGCUGGUACGUGUUGGAACGUUACCUCUACUCGCUGACCAACACCUCUCACCUGACGCCGGAGUUCCAGAAGCACUCGCUGGGCAUCGGUCUGACGAAAGAAGACGUCGUCAAAGAAAACGACGAGCAGGAGGAUGAGGAGGAGAAGGACGACGAGGUUAAGGAGGACGCCGAGGAGGAACCCGAGGCCCCAUCUCCUCCGCCACGCCCCGGGGUGAAGGUCCACCUCACCCCCUUCGAGCUGGAGGGGCUUUGGCAGCUGUUGCACAAGCUGGAGGAGCUAUCGGCCCAUAAGAAGUGUGUCCCGGCGGGCAUCAGAAACGCCCCGGCGCUCCUCAGUGACAUGCGGGCCCUGCUGGAGGAGCAUGCCAACGACGAUCCCAAACUGUCUUACACUGGAAGGCCUAUCGUCACGUGGCCCAAACGGCCCUCGUGGUACAGGCCUCCCUCUUCUCCCCCUUCUGUAAUAUACCGGCCCCGGGCGCCAAGCUCGGGUCCCACGAUGGCCCCGGUGCCGCGUCCCGUUAAACCUCCGUCUUCCAUCUCGUCUCUGAGGCGGCGGCGUGUGCGGUGCAAGCGCUGCGAGGCGUGCCGGCGCUCCUGCUGCGGAGACUGCAUGUACUGCAGGGACAUGAAGAAGUUCGGCGGGCCGGGUCGACUCAAGAAGACCUGCAUCCUCAGACAGUGCCUGGCUCCGGCGCUGCCCCUGACCGCCGUGUGUGCCAUAUGUAAGGAGGGUAAUCAGGAAGGUUCUGAAAGCAGCCAAGUUCUCAUGGAGUGUUCUGAAUGUGCCCAAAUCACCCACCCCGAGUGUAUAAAGGUAGCAGGUGAGGGUGUGAUCAAUAAGGAUCUACCAAGUUGCUGGGAGUGUCCCAAAUGUGUCCAGGAAAAGAACACUGAGUCUUCCAGCAGUAAUUCGGAAGAGGAGAGCAUGAACGGCGUAACCACUAGCUCACCGUCCUCGGGUCCCCCGGCUAAACGCGCGUACAGGGAGGGCAUCGGGGUGGGGGCCCUGCGCAUGGGCCGUAGGAGCCGGUCCUCCCAUUCCCCCACCUCCUUCCCUCUCACCCGCUCCAGGCGCCAACCUCCACCCUCACAGAGGAUCCUGCUGCAGCACCAACAGAGCCGCAAGAGAGCCGGGGCCCUGGAGCUCCAGCACAGGAAGAGGAUGAAAUUAGAGAGGAGCAAGAUCUUUCAGUCGACGCGUUCGUCUGUCUCUCUUUCUCCGAAGCUCCUGCGUCAGCGGAGUUUGGAGCGAGGGAGCCUGAUCAGGGCGGGGCUCGGCAGGGCGACCUCCAGAGGCAGAGGCCUGUCCUCGUACCGGGGCAGAGGGGCGGCGCCGGCGCGGCCGGAGAGAGACGAGGGCGCGGAGGAGCGCGAGAGAGCCGAGAGGAGAGAGAACGGACUGGGGGGGAAGGAGAACCGGCCGCACAGACGGCCGAGGGACGACGAGAACGCGGAGUCUCCGCAGAACGGAGAGCGCGAGCGGGACGAGGGCGGUGAUCAGGCGCAAUCCGAAUCUUCCGCGCCGCUCGGCGAGGAGUCCAGGGAUCAGAGGUCGUGCGUGACGGUGACCCUGCAGCCCACGCGGGGCAGGCGCGACCCCGGCACCAUCGUCCCCAAGCUCGAGGCUAACGUCUCCACCGCGACCGACGUCCAGGGCAAGUCGCUGCUCCGACCCCCGCUGCGGCGCGGCGAUAAAGCUCUCUCUCGCGCCAUAACCCACCUCCAUUCACCCACUCUGACCAGGAGCACUUCCAAACACGCCCACAUGGGCAGGACAUUACGGUGCAACUCCAGACACUCCCACCACCACCACCACCACCACCAGCACACGGGGCCAAGCAGAAGCGCCAAGAACACGCGGCCCGCCGAGAGAGCGAAGCCUGCCGCGUCCCCUCCCGGCCCCUCGCCCGAGCAGAACGGCGUGAGCGAGGCCGGGUGGGGCAGGCUGGUCUGGGUGUCCGUCUUCCGUUACCUGACCCGGGCCGAGCUCUGCGUCUGCAUGGCUGUCUGUAAGAGCUGGUACAAAUGGGGCUGUGACAAGCGCUUAUGGACGCACAUCAGUUUAAGUCGCUGCCAGUCCAUCAGUCCUCAGGCUCUGUCCGGCAUCAUCAAGCGCCAACCUGUCACACUGGACCUGUCCUGGGCCAACAUAUCCAAGAAACAGCUCACCUGGCUCGUCAACCGGCUACCAGGUCUGAGGGAUUUGGUUCUAUCGGGGUGCAGCUGGGCGUCGGUCUCCGCCCUGAGUUCUCCCAGCUGCCCGUUGCUCCGCUCCUUAGACCUGCGCUGGGCGGACAGCGUCAAAGAUGCACAGAUCCGAGAGCUGCUCAGUCCGCCAGGCAGUAAUAACCGCUCACAGCUGAGGAACAUGCAGUGUUUGAGGCUCUGUGGUCUGGAGGUGACCGAGGCCACGCUGAGGUUGAUCAUCAGGCACAUGCCUCAGCUCACGAGGCUCGAGAUGUCGCACUGCCCGCUGACCGACAACUCUCUCAACCUCCUCACCGCCGUGGGCUCGUCCACGCGCAACACGCUCGCACACCUCAACCUGGCAGGCUGCAGCCGUCUGACUGACCACUGUCUGGGCUAUCUGCAGCGCCUGUCCUGUCUGUCGGUCCUGGACCUGCGGGGCUGCAAAGGAAUCUCCAGACAGGCCUGCGAGAAAUUCAUUUCGGAGCUGUCCGUCAGCGCCCUCUACUGCCUGUCGGAUGAUAAACUCGUACAGAGAAUAUCCUAGAGCCCUGUCGUCGUCGUCGUCCCCCCCACAAACACACACGGACUGUAUGGGGGGCGGGUAGUGUGUGUGUGUGUGUGUGUGUGUGUGUGUGUGUGUGUGUGUAGAAAGGUCGUGUGGUUUCACUGUAUACCGGAGGACCGCGUGUCGUAUACAGAACGCUAUGAGGGAAGAGCUCGCAGACUCCCGGCGCGGCCGUACGGGUGAACGAGACGCCGUGACGCCGCCUCCGUUUUGUACUCGUUUCCUGUUAGUCGUUGUACGCAUGAUUACGGCGGUCGACGGUCACGGCGAAUCUCGGGCUCGUAACGCCGCGGGCUCUUCCAGUAGGGUUUUAAACUGGUGCUACUGCCACGUCAGUCUCUUUUCGGGUGCAGGCCGGGGGCGGUACCCGCAUGCCACCCGAACCCUCUUCUUCUUUUCGGCUUCAUCGGCCCGGGCGCACGUCCUCCAGCGCGUUUGAAUAAGGGUGUCGCGUUUGCUUUCACCGCUCUCCUUUGAUUUCAUGAGGAAUGCUUCUUUUCUGUUCUUGGUUCGGUUCCCUGUAGUACAGAGUGCAGAUAUAUAAACACAGAUGUAUAAACGCGGCCCGGUGUGAAUGUAUUCCUCCCCUGUAGUUACCCAGAGAAUCUGUAGCGCUCCAAUUAUUUUCCAGAGAAUCUUUGUUUUUUCCACUUUUUGUUUUUCAGAAAAAAUAAAGACGUGAUCAACUCCA